AUGGCGUCCAAAAACUACGAUGAAAGGACGCUCCUUGCGGUUAUUGGAGACGAGGAUACUGUGACAGGUAUGCUUUUAGCUGGUAUUGGCAAUGUGUCUGAAGAGGACGGUUCGCGGAACUUUGUUGUUGUUGACUCUAAAAUGACUGACGAGCAGCUUGCCGACCACUUCCAGACCUACACGACCCGUAAGGAUAUUGCGAUUCUUUUGAUCAACCAGCACAUUGCCGAGCGUAUCCGCUUCCAGGUCGAUGCUUACACCCAGGCGUUCCCCGCCUUGCUGGAGAUUCCCUCAAAGGACCAUCCAUACGACCCUGAAAAGGAUUCUGUUUUGCGCCGUGUCCAUAAGCUUUUUGGCGAGUAA